UGCAGCAGUAACUGCGUUGGAUCUCUCAUGGGAUUUUUGGGAGUCCUGCUGUUCCUCUACCCCAUGGUAUUGCAAGUUGCCCAUUAAAAGGGUGGAGUUCAUUUCUUUUGUUCCUGGGAGCUGAAUAGGAGAAAGGGACAUUUCAGGUUAACUUGAUAAAGGUCACCCAGCAGGGAAUGUUCUUGUUUUGUUUAAAGCACAGAAGUGACAAGAAGAUUUCUUGAACAUUGGGAAUUCUGCAGGUCUGCUUUCCAUCCACAAACUCUACCACUGAAGCUGAUGGGAACUGCAGGCAUUCAGCGCCUUUGAAAAUCAGGUCACUUUUUGCUUGCUGGCAGACUGGUCUGAGGAUCUGACAGAGGCGAAGCACAGGACUAUCAUUGAAAUAAGAAAAGAAAAAGAAACAGAAGAACACAGGCAAAUCAGAAUCACUACUCUCCUGCAGCAAUGGGUUGGCUGGAAGAAUCAAACUGGCAGCUUCACAUUUCCUUGAUCGUGCUACUUUCCAUGCACACCAAGGCCAAUGGUCUAGACAAACCCUAUUUGCGGAGUUCUGGACAGUUGAACUUGGAGAACAGAAAGGAAGAUGGUGAGAGUACGGCACCUGCUCCUCCCCAGAAGCCACUGCAGUGUCACUGCAAUCACCACUGUCCAGAGGACUCGGUCGACAGCACCUGCAGGACUGAUGGCUACUGUUUCACCAUGGUAGAAGAAGAUGAAUUUGGAGGACGUACAAUUGCUUCAGGAUGCCUAGGCUUAGAAGGCUCAGACUUCCAAUGCCGGGAUACACCCAUAAUACAUCACAGAAGAACUAUUGCAUGCUGCACAGACGAAGAUUUCUGUAAUGAAAACCUUCACCCUACGCUGCCACCACUAAAAAACAGAGAUUUUGUUGAAGGAAACAUUCACCAUAAGGCCUUGCUGAUCUCAGUGACCGUUUGCAGUAUACUCCUGGUACUUAUCAUCAUAUUCUGUUACUUCAGGCAUAAAAGGCAAGAAACCAGACCUCGUUACAGCAUUGGACUUGAACAGGAUGAGACUUACAUUCCUCCAGGGGAAUCCCUGAAAGACUUGAUUGAACAGUCUCAGAGCUCAGGAAGUGGGUCUGGGCUCCCUCUGCUGGUCCAAAGGACUAUAGCAAAGCAGAUUCAGAUGGUGAAACAGAUAGGUAAAGGUCGCUAUGGAGAAGUUUGGAUGGGAAAGUGGCGUGGAGAAAAGGUAGCUGUAAAAGUGUUCUUCACCACUGAGGAGGCCAGCUGGUUCAGAGAGACAGAAAUCUAUCAGACUGUCCUAAUGAGGCAUGAAAACAUUUUGGGGUUCAUUGCUGCGGACAUUAAAGGUACAGGGUCUUGGACCCAACUGUAUCUUAUCACAGACUACCAUGAGAAUGGCUCCCUGUAUGAUUAUCUGAAAUCCACUACCUUAGAUUCAAAAGCCAUGCUAAAACUGGCCUAUUCCUCUGUUAGUGGUUUGUGCCACUUGCACACUGAGAUCUUCAGUACUCAAGGCAAACCAGCUAUUGCCCACCGCGAUCUGAAAAGUAAGAACAUUCUAGUGAAAAAGAAUGGAACCUGCUGUAUAGCAGACCUGGGCUUGGCAGUUAAAUUUAUUAGUGAUACAAAUGAGGUGGACAUACCACCAAACACCCGGGUAGGAACAAAGCGCUAUAUGCCUCCUGAGGUGCUGGAUGAAAGCUUGAAUAGGAAUCACUUCCAGUCAUAUAUCAUGGCCGAUAUGUACAGUUUUGGACUUAUCCUUUGGGAGGUAGCAAGGAGAUGUGUGUCAGGAGGAAUAGUUGAAGAAUACCAGCUUCCAUAUCAUGAUCUUGUGCCCACUGACCCCUCCUAUGAGGACAUGCGGGAGAUUGUGUGCAUCAAGAAGCUCCGUCCCUCAUUCCCCAAUAGAUGGAGCAGUGAUGAGUGCCUAAGACAAAUGGGAAAACUCAUGACAGAGUGUUGGGCUCACAACCCUGCUUCUAGGCUCACAGCCCUGCGAGUAAAGAAAACACUUGCCAAAAUGUCAGAGUCACAGGACAUUAAACUUUGAUUCAACUCAACAAAUGAAAUGACUUUUCCUUGUGGUCAGAGGACAUGACAUGAAGAGGAAUCAGAAGGAAGCCCUCACCUUCACUAAUUUCAGAGCAACUGUAAAUUUUUUUUUUUUUUUAAGUAACAUCCUUUGAGGAGAGCAGCCUGAAGACUUGUUUGCAUGGGAAAAGGAAUAUACCAUUUCAGUAACUGGUUCAAGAUUAUUAUAUAUGUUGCUUUCUGUGAAAGCCCAUGAUUUUAUUUUUUGAUUGUCUAAAAGCUACUGCUUUAAAUUUUAUGAAAAUGAACCUUAUGGUUAGAAGUGAAGUAAAGCCCUAUAUUGUUACAUUUAAAGAAAAAUCAGAAGAAACUGUGCCUCAUUUACCAGAGAGACCACUGGUGAGUGAAUCUGCUGCAUAGGAGGGGAGGAAGAGAUUGUUGAAACUUAAGUCCUGAAAUCUGCAUGUGAAGUGAACUCAAGUUUGUUUUCCAAGGUGGGAAGAAUAAUAGCACAACCAACUUCUGUGAGGAAAAGUUGGAAGGUCAAGAUGUUGU